AUGGAUUCAAAUUGCUCUUCACCACCGUCAGAGUCCUUCUUUCCCCCUUCAUCUUCUUCACCUUCACCUCCUCUCUCAGUGUCAUCUACAUUACCCUCUGCCACACGACGGCAAUACACUGCAUUCAUCAUGCUAGGUCCAUGUACAGUCGGAGAUGGCGAUUACAGUUGUCCAUGCAAGCAAGGGAUAGUCCCCGGAGUCAUCGACUCAAAUUUCAAUGAUGCUCAGAGCUGUAAGAAGUGCUGGCAUCCAAUAGCCAUGCACCUUGAUUAUGGUCUUCCAAGUUGGAUUCAUCCCCGGACGAAAUUGGUCAAUGAGUUGAUAGAUCGACUUCAUUACUAUCAUAUCAUUCGAGUGCGUGGCACGCCAGCUUCCGGGAAAACAACUGUGAUGAACCUUGUGGUCAAUCAGCUGCUUGAGAACUAUGGCAAGGAAAAGCCUAUCUAUGUUCUUACAGAUUGGGAUGAGAGCAUAGUUAGGGGAAUAGGCGGCUGGGGUGCAUACUUAGAGCACGAGACAGGUGUUCAUGGUGAUAAGUGGCUCACCUACCCCGCCUAUCUAAUUAUAGAUGAGGCACAAAUGUCGUACUGGGAUGGCGCACUUUGGACAGAUCUCUUCAAACGUAUUGUGCCCCUUGUCAGCCCAUACAUCCUACUCUUCACAUCAUACGGCUCGCCAGGUCGGGGCUUUGUGGGCUUCAGCGAGCAAAAGCAUACACAAACACCCUUGAUAUUUGCCCCUGACCAGCAGAUAUCACUACGAGCAGAUGAAAAUGUCAGAGAUUACAACCCGUGGCGAGCACAUUUAUUGACGCCAGUUGGUCUGCUACUUGACCAAGAUGAAGCAUUGGAAGUGGUGACAUUAAUCACAAAACAUAUGCAGCCACGUCCAUCUUUGACAGAAGACCUGAAGAAGGGACUGGCUUCGUUCAGUGGUGGGCAUAUAGGAUUACUCGAAAGUCUGCUAGGUGCCCUAAAAGGUGUACCAGAUAUUUAUGACAUUGUGCGGAAAGGUAGGUUGCUUGAUUGGAAGACCGUGGCUGGAGCUCUCUUUGGUCGACCUCGAGCGCUCUUUCGACACCUUUCUGGUCAGCCAUUUGCUAGGGGCUUGCCUAGACCCGAUCAAGUACAGUCAAGUGAUGUAAUCAGAGUUUUUAGAAGGGCUAUUCUUUGCAAUGGUGUCUUUAGGUCUGAAGCUGAAAAGAAAGAUCGGGGAUUUCAACAAGCUCUUGAAAAUAUUUGUCGCAAUGGAUGGCUGCAUGAAGAAAAAUUAGGUUGGGAUUCUCACUAUGUAUUUGCCAGUCGAGUACACUGGUGGUAUUGUAACAUGCUCUACAUGGCUACAGAGUGUGACAAUGAGAUCAAACACAGUACACCACUUGAUCUCGCAAUUGAUGCUAUCAGGCAUUUCAGACCGUCUCAGCUGGCAGAUGCUCCCCGCUCAAGUACAACUCCUGUUGAAGAUCAAUAUCAAAAAGAAUUUUAUCGCUGCCUAAUACCAAUACUCAGCGGCCAUGUUAUACUGUCCCCAGAGUUUGGGAUUGGGGAAACCACCAAAGGUGGUGGGAUGAUUGAUUUCUUCAUUGAACAGAAGAAUUGGGGUUUUGAGCUUCUAAGGGACCGUGAUCGCCUGGUGGAACAUAUGAAACGGUUUGAACCUGAAGGGCAGUACUACAGCAUGAUAAAAUCUGGGGAAAUGAAAGAGUACAUUGUCUUGGAUUUCAGAGUUUCACAACCGACAAAAGCCCGUCCAGAAUAUGCGCACCGUCUCUACCACGUUGUUUUCUCUGAACGGUACCGACAUGUUGAUAUUCUUGAAGCGGGUACCCUCAGCAGUGUAAGCUCCUUUACCACGCCAUCAGAGGAUAACGGGUUAUGA